GCUGGACACGUGACCGCGCCGGCCUAUUAUACAAGCGCUGAAGUUGGCUAACUUGUCAGACAGAAUCCUCUGGUGUGACGGAAAGCCUAGAACCGGUGUCGAUUGGUUUGGGCUGCUGAGGAAGAUGGCUACGGAAGUGGAGGAGGUGGAGGUACCGGAGCUGAAGGUGCUGUUGGGUCAGGACUCGUACCUUAAGCCGUACGAGAAAGACUUCCGCAGAAGGUACGGUUUAUUUUGCCGGCUCUUAAAAAGCAUUGAAGGAAAUGAAGGAGGUUUGGAAAAGUUCUCCAGAAGUUACCAAUCAUUUGGCAUCCAUUUACUUGAAAAUGGUGGUAUUUGUUGUAAAGAAUGGGCUCCUGGAGCAGAAGCCGUGUUCCUUACUGGCGAUUUUAAUGGUUGGAACCCUUUUUCACAUCCAUACAAAAAAAUGGAUUAUGGGAAAUGGGAACUACAUAUUCCACCCCGUGAAGAUAAAUCUGCGAUAAUUCCUCAUGGUUCAAAGCUGAAGGUUGUAAUCACUAGCAAAUCUGGAGAGACUCUGUACCGCAUAUCUCCUUGGGCAAAAUAUGUGAUUCGGGAAGAUAAUAAAGCCGUGUAUGACUGGAUACAUUGGGAACCUCCACAGCCUUAUAAACGCAAACACGCUAGCCCCAAGAAGCUAAAGAGUGUGCGCAUAUAUGAAUCUCAUGUUGGAAUUGCAUCAUCAGAAGGAAGAAUUGCUUCAUAUAAAAACUUUACAUACAAUGUUCUGCCCAAAAUAAAAGAUCUUGGUUAUAACUGCAUCCAAAUGAUGGCUAUUAUGGAGCAUGCAUAUUAUGCAAGCUUCGGUUAUCAAGUCACCAGCUUCUUUGCAGCUUCAAGUCGCUUUGGCACACCAGAUGAGCUGAAAGAACUGAUUGAUGUUGCUCACUCAAUGGGAAUCCAAGUUCUUCUUGAUGUUGUACACAGCCAUGCAUCGAAAAAUUCUGAAGAUGGCCUCAAUAAAUUUGAUGGCACAAACGCCUGCUUUUUUCAUGAUGGGGCUCGAGGAAACCAUGAUCUUUGGGAUAGCAGACUUUUUGACUACUCAAACUGGGAAGUUUUGAGAUUCCUCCUAUCAAAUUUGCGGUGGUGGCUUGAGGAAUAUGGAUUUGAUGGUUUUCGGUUUGAUGGUGUUACAUCCAUGUUGUAUCACCACCAUGGAAUAGGUUGUGGCUUUUCUGGUGAUUAUAAUGAAUAUUUUGGACUCCAAGUGGAUGAAGACUCUCUGGUGUAUCUUAUGUUGGCAAAUCACAUGACACAUACACUUUAUCCAGAUAGCAUUACAAUAGCUGAGGAUGUGUCGGGAAUGCCAGCACUUUGCUGCCCUAUAUCUCAAGGUGGUACUGGAUUUGAUUAUCGACUGGCGAUGGCUGUGCCUGACAAAUGGAUUCAGAUCUUAAAAGAGCUGAAGGAUGAAGAAUGGGACAUGGGUAAUAUAGUGCACACCCUAACCAACAGACGAUAUAAUGAGAAAUGUAUUGCCUAUGCAGAAAGCCAUGAUCAGGCACUUGUUGGAGAUAAGACUUUAGCAUUUUGGUUAAUGGAUGCAGAGAUGUACACAAACAUGAGUGUAAUGUCGCCCUUAACUCCUGUUAUUGAUCGUGGAAUUCAGCUCCAUAAAAUGCUACGCCUGAUUACUCAUGGUCUUGGAGGUGAAGGCUAUCUCAAUUUCAUAGGUAAUGAAUUUGGGCAUCCAGAAUGGCUAGAUUUCCCAAGGAAAGGAAAUGGGGAAAGCUACCAUUAUGCCAGGAGGCAGUUUCAUCUAAUUGAUGAUAAUCAGCUACGCUAUAGAUUCCUCUAUGCUUUUGAUAGAGAUAUGAAUAAACUAGAAGAAAAGUUUGGAUGGCUUGCUGCACCACAGGCCUAUAUCAGUGCAAAGCAUGAGGAUGAUAAGAUCAUUGCAUUUGAAAGGGCAAAUCUUCUUUUCAUUUUUAAUUUCCAUCCAUACAAAAGCUUUACUGGUUACAGAGUUGGUGUGAACACACAUGGGAAGUUUAUGAUCGCUCUGGAUACUGAUGCUUCGGAAUAUGGUGGGCAUGAAAGAAUAAACCAUAAAACAGAAUUUUUCACAGAGCAUUCACCUUACAAUGGUUGUUCACAUUCACUUUUGGUCUACAUUCCAUGCAGGGUUGCUCUUGUUCUUUCCAACGUUGACAACUCCUAAAAAAAAAAAAA